UCCAAAUUAAUUAGCAGGCAGGGGCCGAAGAAGGGCAAGAGGAAAUGGAAACUGAUAAAGGAGCGGCACCAACAGGAUGCUACAAAUGCGGCCGCCCAGGCCACUGGUCACGUGACUGCCCCUCUUCUACUUCUUCCUCCGCCUUUGUCUCUGCUCCCAACCCUGACCUCGACUCCACAAGGUCUUCCCCUCCUAAGUCCAAAGCUGCCCUUGCCAAAUCUUCCCAGAAGGUAGUGAGAUCCAGAUCCAGGCCAAAGCUCACCCCGGACCUCCUCCUCUCCGAUGAUGGUCUCGGCUACGUUCUUCGCCACUUUCCUCGCGCCUUCAAGUACCGUGGCCGUGGUCAUGAGGUUAGCGAUCUGGGAAACCUAAUUGGGUUAUAUAGUGAAUGGCACUCCCAUUUACUCCCUUAUUAUUCAUUUGAUCAGUUUAUACAUAAAGUGGAACAAGUUGCUGCUACAAAGCGUGUCAAGAUGUGUCUCAGAGAACUACGAGAGAGGGUUGGCAAGGGAGGGGAUCCGACAAAGUUGCAUGAACCACCAGUACAGUAUGACAAUUUAAAUGUUGAACAAGAAGCCAUGGACAAUGAGGCAUUAAGUCAUCAGCAGGCGGACCCAUCUUCAAGGAACAAUGAUGCUGAUGAUAUGCAAGCCAUGCUUCACGACAGUUAUCAAAAUGAUACUGAAAACUUGCAUGCUGAGACGGUGGCUGCUGAUAAAGUUGGUGCCAGUGGCUGUGUGGAAGAAUUUCCAGAUCAGAUUCCUAACAAUGGAGCUGCCAACUUUAGGGAAAUUCAGGUCACAGAAGAACAGAGAGUGCGUAUGGAAGCGAGCAGAUUGAAGGCAUUAGAGAGAGCAGCCGCAAGGCUCCGCUCAUCCCAGGCUACUUGACUCCACUCAUUUCCUUCACAAUUUUUGUGAAUGAUGCUUUACUGGUUAGAUCGCUGUACGUAAGUGGCACCUUCAAACUGGUUUAUUGGUUAUAUCCAGAAUUCAUUUCAUUCCGGA